UGACACAAAUUGGACUCUUGAAACUAACUCCAACGUAUGAUCAUUCUCCUACUAUAUAAAUAUGAAUGGAUCGAACAAUCAUUCAAUUCAUUGUGAAAAAUCUUGAAUGAACCAUGAAAUUUUUAAUUUUACCUGUGUUUGUCACCUUCCUCAGUCUAGUGUCAGCAAGUUCACUGGACCCUGAGGUGGUCAAGAAAAUUCACGAAGAAUGUUUCAAAAUAAGUCAUUUGCCCAAGGAAGGUUUGGAUAAAAUACGAACUGGGAACGUGGAUCUGAGUGAUGAAGCGGUAAAGAACCACAUCUUCUGCUAUACCAAAAAAGUGGGUUUCGUCAACGACGAUGGCAUAUUGAAUGGCGAUCUGAUCAAAGAGAAAUUGGCGCUGCAGGUCAAAGACCAGGGCAAGGUCGAGCGAUAUGCCAAAGUUUGCAAUAAACCGAAAACACCGAACGAAGAAGUGAAUCUAUUUGCUGCUAAAGUUGUCGACUGCUAUUAUAAACACUCUCCUGGUCUUUCCAUUUUCCAUGUGAACCAAGAAACCAUCAAGAAAAUGGAGUCUGGUGUCUUCGAUGAUACCAAUCCCGACAUAAGAAAGCAUAUCUUUUGCUACACCCAGAAAGUGGGAUUCAUAAACGACAAAGCCGAAUUACAAAAAGAUGUCAUCAGGAGGAAAAUGUCUCAACAAGUGAAAAACCUGGAUCUCGUUGACAAGGUCAUUCAAAUGUGUACUUUUCCCUUAGAGGGGGAUAAAAACUUGUGGGCUUGUAAAACACUUGCCUGCUACUAUAAGAGUGCACCAGUCUUCAUCAUGAUGAAAUUCUUAGUGGUAGCAGCUUGUGCCAUUAUUGCUGUUCAGGCCCUAACAGAUGAACAGAAGGAGAAGCUCAAGAACUACAGCACCGCUUGUUCUGAGAGUACAGGAGUCGAUAAAGAAGCUAUCACCAACGCUCGCAAAGGUCUCUUUACCGAUAACGAGAAAUACAAGGACUACCUCUUCUGCAUGUCCAAAAAAAUUGGCUAUCAGAAUGAAGCCGGUGAAAUCCAGAAGGAUGUUUUGAGGGAAAAAGCGCUCACCGCACUGAAAGACGAGAAACUUGUUGACAAUCUGAUCGAAAAAUGUGCAGUCGCUAAGGACACACCACAAAAUACCGCUUUCGAAACAAUCAAAUGCUAUUACGAGAAUAAUCCUAAACAUAUUCCACUGGCCUGAACAGAUUUUUUGAUGACGAAAAUAAAGAUUUAUUUUAGUAAUUAAAUAAA